CGGCGGGUCUGUCCCAAGCUCUCUCCAUAGGGCUCCAUAGGGGGGAGACAGGAGCCAUGACAUAUCACUUUGAGGCGCCGGCUGUGGCUCAGCCGUACCAUCUCAAAAAGUGUCAACUCUGAAAGUCAAGGGUCUGUACAAUAGGUAAUCAGCCACACGUCAGACGCACCCGGUGGUUCCACUUAAAUUUCGAGGAAGCUCCGAGCUCCCGCCGUCCGUGUGGCAGGAAGUGUGUCCCGGACAGAAACAUGACAUGCACCGACAUGAACCAAAACAGCCAUUGACAGCUCCGAAUUACGACCCGGAGAACAAUCGACCGGCGCAAUCGUCACCGAGGUAACCUCCGUCAUCAACCAUGCGCCCGUUCGUCUCCGGCCCUGUCCGGACCAUCACAUCGCGCAUCGCCGUCGCCGUCCCUCAAAUCCCCGUUCCCAGACCUAGAGCUCAGCCCACCACAACGUCUUUCUGCUGCCAAUGUCUGCGUCCACUCUCGACGACGCCCGCCGUACUGAGUGGGCACAACAAGUGGUCCAAGAUCAAGCACAAAAAGGGUGCUGCCGAUGCGCAAAAGAAUAACAUGCGCAGCCAGCACUCAAAAACAAUUGCCCUCUACUCCAGGCUACACGGAACCGAGAACAAUCCCCAGCUCGUCACAGCAGUCGCGAAUGCGAAGAAAGAUGGCGUUCCCAAAGCCGUAAUUGACUCUGCCAUCGCCCGAGGCCAAGGCCGCUCUGCUUCAGGCGCCUCCCUCGAACCCCUCACCCUCGAAGCCAUCCUCCCGCCCGGCGUCGCCCUCAUAAUCGAAGUCGAGACCGAAAGCAAAGCCCGGUCCCUCCAAGACCUCAAAGUCCUCGUCAAGAAACACAAGGGCGCCGCCAACGCCACCACCUUCUUCUUCACCCGCCUAGGCCGCGUCGUCUUUGCCGCAAAAGAAGGCUCGCCUUCUCCCGUGACCGUCGACGACAUCAUGGACGACGCCAUCGAGUGCGGCGCAGAGGACCUCGAGACCGACGAGGAGGGCAACCUCGUCGUCUGGACGCAGCCCAACAUGACCAACGCCGUCGUCAACGGCGUGGGCCCCAAGUUUGAGCUCGGGCUGCUCAGCUCCGAGAUCAUCUGGAGCGCCAACGAGGAUACAAAGGUCAAGAUUGACGAGGGGCUCGAGGCCACGACGCUGAGCGAGCUCUUGGCUGCGUUGCAGGAGUUUCCCGAGGUGCAGGCUGUGUACGGUAACCCCACGCGGGGAGACAUCCCCGAGGAGCAGUGGUCUGGCAUUGAGGAGAACCUCGACUCGUAGAUGCUGGGUGCAUAUACACACCUGACCCUUGGGUGCUGAUGUACAUCUUGUUGUAGGAUACCCUAUUUUUUGUGUACAACAUGUAGACAAGAACCACGUAAUACAAGCAAUGGUAGAAUGCUCAGAGGGGCGUUGUCUGGGGUCCAACCCGAGAAUCCGAAUCAACCCCCAAGGAAUGAUAUCCGUUCCGCCCAAAAACUCCGCGUCAAUC